AUGGAUGCCGGCACAUCUGAACCAUCCAUGCCUGCACUUGGGCCACAUCACAAUACUUCUCCUGCUGAUCCUGACCUCAAGAUUUUUGUUCGACCCCAUCCUAAAACUCAAAUGCCUGUUUUAUUCUCAUCUGCUCCAACACCCGUUACAUCUGACAUUGAACCAUACCGUCCAUUCUCCACCAAAGAAGACUUUGAGUUUGCAGACAUCUGUGUUAGGAACAAUGUAAAGAAUGAGGUAAUCGACUCCCUCCUUCAGCAACAUGCAAGGAUCCCAACAUCACCAAUAACGCUGAAAAACCAUCAAGAAUUAUUCCAAAUUCUAGACCGAGCACCAAAUGCCCCAAUGUGUCAGAGAUCUGGAUUAUUGUCGGAGUGA